AGAAUUUUAAUUUCAUUUUGUUUACUUAAAAAAAUACAGAAUAAACCGAAACCAAACCAAAUCAAAUAAGACCACACUUUUGUAGGAAAAAACUGAAAAAGAAAAGAAAUCUUUCUCUUGGACGUCUCUCUUCUACAAUCUCCUCACGAUUCUACUUCUGCGUUAUCCCCAAAAAUUCGCAAGCUUUCGCUUCAACGCAAAAUGGGUCCAAUCGUCAUCACCCAGCUAGCCACAGGUCUUAGCGUCUUAGCCGGUGCGGUUUUAGUCAAAUCGGUUCUUGACCAAAAGCCUAUGGCCGGUGGUCCGUUCCCUCGUUGUCCGACCUGCAACGGUACAGGAAGAGUCACGUGCUUCUGCACUCGAUGGUCUGAUGGAGAUGUUGGGUGUCGUAGGUGUUCUGGUUCGGGUCGUGCGGCUUGUAGCAAUUGCGGUGGUACUGGAACCGGUACACCUUUACCGGUUCGGAUCACGGUUCAGCCACCGAAUCGCCCUUUCUGAUUCCACAUAUUUGUAUAUUUUCUUCUGCUCUCUCUCUCUCUCUCUAUCUGUAUCGUAAGUUGAUUGUAUGUACUUUUGUUUCACAGAAAGAGAAAAUAGGAAUUACUUGAAUCCGGAUUCUUAUCUGUUCAUAUGUAUUAAAAAACAUAGUAAAGAUUUAAAAACUUCAUUUCUUUGA